UCGGAACUUUGCUGCUUAGCAUAAUUGUGUGGCGGAACAUGAAACGUGGCUGGACUUCUGUAGUUUCCUUUCGGGUGACAUCAGAGUGAUUGGUCUGAGGAAGAUGGCUGCUUCCUUGUUUCGGCUUGUGGGUAGUGGUUUAAGGCUGGGUGCCUGCUCUAUCAACCGUAAUCUUGCUGUGCUGCAGACCAGAUUGGAGAGCUCCUCUACUGAGACACGACCAACUGUCAGACCCAAAGAUGAGGUGACCCAGAAUCGUUUAGCUAAAUUUGGUGAAUAUGUGGCUGAAAUCCUUCCGAAGUAUGUACAGCAGGUGCAGGUAACAUGUUUCAAUGAACUUGAGAUUAUGAUCCAUCCAGAUGGUGUCAUCCCAGUUCUGACUUUCUUGCGGGACCACACCAAUGCCCAGUUUAAAUCUUUGAUAGACCAGACUGUUGUAGAUGUACCUACUCGUCAAAACAGAUUUGAGAUUGUUUAUAAUCUUCUAUCACUGGCUUACAACAGUCGUAUUCGUGUGAAGACCUACACGGAUGAGUUGACACCUGUUGAUUCUGCUGUUCCAGUGUUUCAGGCUGCAAAUUGGUACGAGAGAGAGAUAUGGGACAUGUUUGGGGUUUUCUUUGCCAACCAUCCAGAUCUGAGGAGAAUUCUUACAGAUUAUGGAUUUGAGGGGCAUCCAUUCAGGAAGGAUUUUCCAUUGUCUGGAUAUGUGGAGGUUCGUUAUGAUGAUGAGGUGAAAAGAGUAGUGGCUGAGCCAGUUGAACUAGCACAAGAGUUCCGCAAGUUUGACCUCAGCAGUCCAUGGGAAGUGUUCCCUGCCUACCGAGAAGAGCAAACCCCUAAAAUUGAAGCAGGUGAAAAGAAACUUGAUGCAAAAUAGAGAACAGAUGUUUUCACUUCCCCUUCCUUCCUCUGUGAUGAACUGGCUCAUGUACAGGAUGGUUUAAUAAGCUUAUGGCAUGUAGACCUUUUCAUUUCCUGUUUUGGGCUCUAGAACUUGUUUCUUGUAUUUAUGUAAAUAAAAUUAUCUUAAUAAAUGUCAUUGUUUAUAA